GUCACCAUAAGACGGAAGUUGGGGGCGGAGCUACGGGUUUGUUGUGAAAAAUGUUACAGCGGUUUAAAAUAACAGCGAAUCAGAGAGAUUCCGGUCCUGUAGCAGGUAACUGAUGGCGACUCAGUCGAUCGCAGAGCGAACCAUCUCUGAGAACAGCCUGGUGGUGCUACUGCAGGGUCUUCAGGGUCAGGUGACCACUGUGGAGCUGAGAGAUGAGAGCAAGGCUCGGGGACGUGUCCUCAACGUGGACGCCUUCAUGAACGUCCGUCUGGAGGACGUUGUGUACCGGGACAGACAAGGAAACGUUUCGGAGAUGGCCGACAUGUUCGUGACUGGCCGUAAUGUUCGCUAUGUCCACAUUCCUGACCAUGUGGACAUCACAGAGACCAUCAAGAAGCAGCUGGAGAAGAUUCACAGAGUGCGCUGCUUCACUGAGAAAGGGAGGAAGGAGUUCAGCAAUAAAAAAAAGUAAACCAGGAAGAAUAAUUCCUCGUAGAGGUUUUUGCUUUCAGGCUGCUGAUAGUCAGUUCAGUGUUAAAUCACAGACGUUUCUGUUGUUCCUGUGACACGUGACUGAAAAACGCUAACCUUUAACGACAGUGGUUGUGUAUCAGCACGCGAUUCAUCUCAUGUUUCCUGUAAGAUUCAAUCAUGUUUCCUGUAAGAAGUUUUUUCUAUUAAAUGUUUAUGUGCAAAUACA